UCACCUUCACUUCCACACAUUUCAUAUUAUUCUAUUCCCUUUUCCAAUUCAUCAUUCAAACUUUACUCAAAUCUUUCCUCCCAACCCAAUGUGAAUCAUUCACUCUUUUUUAUACAUCAAUUUCCCAAUCUUUGACUCAUCUGAACCCUAAUGGCCGGAGAACCCACCACCGCCGUUCAGAUCAACCACCGCCGCCUGCCGGACUUCCUCCAAAGCGUCAAUCUCAAACACGUCAAAUUAGGUUAUCAUUAUCUCAUCUCUCAUUUACUUACCCUAUGUUUAAUCCCUAUCAUGAUUAUCAUAUUAAUCGAAGCUUCUCAAACAAACCCUAACGACCUCCGUCAGUUAUGGAUCCACCUCCAGUACAAUCUCGUUAGCGUCAUAAUCUGUUCUACCGUUUUAGUCUUCGGAUCCACCGUCUACAUCAUGACCCGACCCAAACCCGUUUACCUCAUCGAUUACGCCUGUUACCGCCCGCCCGAUCACCUCAAAGCUCCGUACGAACGCUUCAUGAAACACUCUAGGUUAACUGGAGAUUUCGAUGAGAGUUCGUUGGAGUUUCAGAGGAAGAUUCUGGAAAGAUCUGGUUUAGGUGAGGAAACUUAUGUACCCGAAGCUAUGCAUUCGAUUCCCCCGCGACCGUCUAUGGCGGCUGCGAGGGAAGAAGCCGAACAGGUUAUGUUUGGGGCUUUAAACAACCUGUUUGCGGUUACAGGUGUUAAGCCGAAGGAUAUUGGGAUAUUGGUUGUGAAUUGUAGUUUGUUUAAUCCGACGCCUUCGUUGUCGUCGAUGAUUGUUAAUAAGUAUAAGUUGAGAGGGAAUGUGAAGAGUUUUAAUUUGGGUGGGAUGGGGUGUAGUGCGGGUGUGAUUGCGGUGGAUCUCGCGAAGGAUAUGUUGCAGGUGCAUAGGAAUACUUACGCGGUUGUUGUGAGUACGGAGAAUAUUACGCAGAAUUGGUAUUUUGGGAAUAAGAAGUCGAUGUUGAUUCCGAAUUGUUUGUUUAGAGUUGGCGGGUCUGCGGUGUUGUUGUCGAAUAAGUCGCGUGAUAGGUCGAGGGCGAAGUAUCAGUUGGUGCACGUGGUGAGAACGCAUCGUGGGUCGGAUGAGAAAGCGUUUAGGUGUGUGUAUCAGGAGCAGGAUGAUAACGGAAAGACUGGUGUUUCUUUGUCGAAAGAUUUGAUGGCGAUUGCUGGUGGUGCGUUGAAGACUAAUAUCACGACGUUGGGUCCGCUUGUGCUUCCGAUUAGUGAACAGCUUUUGUUCUUUUGCACAUUGAUUGCGAAGAAGUUUUUCAAGAAUGAUAUUAAGCCUUACAUACCGGACUUCAAACUGGCGUUUGAUCAUUUUUGUAUACACGCUGGUGGUAGAGCUGUGAUUGAUGAGCUUGAGAAGAACUUGCAGCUGUCUCCGGUACAUGUUGAGGCUUCGAGAAUGACGCUUCAUAGGUUUGGGAACACGUCUUCAAGUUCGAUUUGGUAUGAGUUGGGGUAUAUUGAAGGGAAAGGGAGGGUAAGAAAGGGUCACAGGGUGUGGCAGAUUGCGUUCGGAAGUGGUUUUAAGUGCAAUAGCGCUGUUUGGAAGGCCUUAAGGAAUGUGAAACCAUCUGAUCAUAGUCCUUGGGCUGAUUGCAUUGAUAAGUAUCCUGUUGAAUUAGUUAUGUAGUGGAGUUAUGCUUGUUUUGUUUCUCUGUUCAUUGUACUUGAUUUGAUCAUUGAAGUUGAGUCUGUUUUUCGGUUUUCGUGUUUUC